AUGAACUGGCUGUAUGAGUCCAUGGAGCCGAGGGUGAUGGAUGAUGAACUGCUCAAGCUGGCUGUGGCCGAACAGGGUCCUCAAGAGGAGGCUGGGCAGCUGGCAAAGCAGGAGGGCAUUCUGUUCAAGGAUGUCCUGUCCCUGCAGCUGAACUUCCAGAACAUCCUCCGGAUAGACAGCCUUUGGCAGUUUGAGAACUUGAAGAAGCUGCAGCUGGACAAUAACAUCAUUGAACGGAUUGAAGGCCUGGAGAAUCUCACACAGCUGGUCUGGCUAGAUCUUUCCUUCAACAAUAUUGAGACCAUCGAGGGACUGGACACAUUGGUGAACCUGGAGGACCUGAGCUUGUUCAACAACCGCAUUUCCAAAAUUGACUCCCUAGAUGCACUGGUCAAGCUGCAAGUGUUGUCUCUUGGCAAUAAUGAGAUAUUCAACAUGAUGAAUGUUGUCUAUUUGCGACGCUUCAAGGAUCUUCGAACACUCAGUCUUUCUGGGAACCCCAUCUCUGAGGCAGAGGAUUACAAGACAUUCAUCUGUGCCUACCUUCCUGAUCUGGUGUACCUGGACUUUCAUCGUAUUGAUGAUGUCACGAGAGAGGAGGCAGAGACGAAGCACCAGUACACCAUUGAUGAAUUAAAGCACCGAGAAAGCCUGGCACAGGCCCAGUACGAGGAGGCGCAGGUCCAGAGGGAGCAAUUGGAGGCACACAAGGCUGGGUUCAUUGAGCACCUUGAUGGCUCCUUCCUCUUUGACAGCAUGUAUGCUGAGGACAUAGAAGGCAACAAGCUAUCCUAUCUACCAGGCAUCGGGGAGCUUCUCGAGGCCUAUAAGGACAAAUUUGUCAUCACCUGCCUCAAUAUUUUUGAGUAUGGCCUGAAACAGCAAGAAAAGCGGAAAGCAGAGAUCGACACCUUCACUGAGUGCAUCCAAGAAGCCAUCCAGGAGAACCAGGAGCAAGGCAAACAAAAGAUUGCUGAAUUUGAAGAGAAGCACCUAUUGAAUUUAAGCACUAUUCGAGAUGAGUCCGAGAUGCCUAUUAUUGAGAUGAAAAUAAUGGAGUGCGGUGAAGACAUCACUCAGCUGUUCAAUAUGCUCAUGACCCUGGAGAUGCAGCUGGUGGAACAGUUGGAGGAGACGAUAAAUAUUUUUGAAAGGAACAUCAAUGACUUGGUAGGACUCUUUAUUGAAAAUGUCCAGAGUCUCAUGGCUCAGUGUCGGGACCUAGAGAACCACCACCAUGAGAAGCUCCUGGAGAUCUCCAUCAACACUCUUGAGAAGGUAGUCAAGGGUGAGCUCGAUGAAGACCUGCCUGAUGAUGUCCGCGCGCUUUUUGUUGACAAAGACACAAUUGUCAGUGCUGUUGGGGCAUCACAUGACGUCCACCUCCUGAAGAUUGACAACCGGGAGGAUGAGCUCAUCACAAGAAUCAACUCCUGGUGCACUCACUUAGUAGAUAAGAUUCACACAGAUGAAAUCAUAAGGAACCGCAAACGGGUGAAGGAGAUCAAUCAGUAUAUUGACCACAUGCAAAAUGAGCUGGACAGCCUGGAAUUUGGAGAUAUACUCGAUUAG